CUGCGAUCACUUCCUGUUGUCAUAACGAGAGAUCCCGUACCAAGCCCGUCGCCAUAGUGACGCCUGUCCAAACGCAACAGCUGCGCUUCAGUGAGCGAGAGAAAACGAGUCUGUUUGCGUCCGAAUCAAAAUUCAAAGGUAAAAACUAGAGAGAGGAACCAUCGACAACAACAACUCAGGAGUCUGGAUCUGAACUGGUUGAGGAGCGGAAAUUGCCAGUGGUUCCCAUGGCGGCAGGAGCCAUUUUAGCUCCUCUUAUCAUUCCCAUCACCCACCUGACUCACAGAACCAAGAACCACAUCGAUACCAGAACACCCAUCUCCAUUCAGUCAGACUCUACAGGUGUGCUGAUCUUCUUCACAUUGGAUGGGUCUAAGCCAGGGGGAGAGCACCAGGGGUCAGAUGGCAGCAGCAGAAAAUAUACAGAUCCGAUUGUCCUUCCUGCUGGCCGGGUGAGCGUCAGAGCAGUGGCUGUCACCAGGGAUGGCAGACAGAGCUCCGUGGUCACCAAGGUGUUUUCUGUGGAUCAGGUGGAAUCAAGCAUCAAAACAGAGGAUAAGGAGGAUGGUCUGCAGAGCUGCAGGCAGCAUCAGUCUGAAACCUUCUAUUCUGUUCACCACUCUGCUAGUUCUGCUCAAAGAUCUGCAGGUACGUUCAGACAGCCCACAUAUGCUCCUGUACACAACUGCAGCUUCCUGCACUGUUGUCCACACUCAGAGUCAAGGCUGUCUGGACGCAGGCCUCCUCCUUCAGGUCAUCGCUUUCUAAAUAGACGCCUCAGCCCCAAAGGCUCCAGCACACCUGCUGCUGGCUGGGUCAGCUCCUCCUUGCGCUCCCGGUCUGCGGAUUCACACGAGCUGAAGCACCUGAGCAGCGCGCAGGGGUCCCGAGAAGAGAGAGUCAACAACUUCCUGUGGUGUCCUCAGUGUCCUCAGUGUCUCUGUGUCCGUCCUUCAGACCCGUUUGCCCAGUUCUGUCCUCAGUGUGGCGCUACGAUACCUGCUCACAAGCUGACCCCUGCUGAGACAGGACAGAUGCUGCUGUGUGCUUCCUGCCACUCCCUGGUUCCUGUUCAUGCUCAGACCUGUUUUAUCUGCGAGGCAUCUGUAGAUGGACACCAGCAGCCUCAGGCCAUCCUCUCUCUGCAGGAUCAUGUGGUGUGUGCUUCCUGUGGAAGUUGGAAUCCAGCUCAGGUUUCCAGCUGUGUAACUUGUGAGAGCCACCUCCAGCCGGUUGGUCAAGGCAGGAACAUCGCCCCCUGUGGUUGGGCAGCAGAUGGCAAGAUGUUAUCCUGCUCCAGGUGUAAACAUUUGAACCGCGGUGAUGCCAGAUUCUGCGACUGUUGUGGCACAAAGCAUGGUCAUGCCGUCAGCUGUGUGACGUGUUGGCAGUGUGGAGCAAGCGGACACCCGAAUGCUUGCUACUGCACAGCCUGCGGUGUGUUCCUUGAAGGACAGGCCCUGCCCAAACCCCGCAGUGACAUCACACAACCUAAGGAGGGCACCACCCACAGUCAGGUUUUAGCGCUGAGCCCUCAUGAUGCUGCCUGGAAGGCCACGCCUCCACCAAACUCUGCCCCCAGACUGAAGGCAAGUCUUCCAUCUGUGGAUCAGUCUACGCAGACUGUAGGACUCUAUUACCCAUCAGCAACUGAGAUGCAGAAGAAGGAACAACAGAGGGCGCUACAAAGCAUUCAAGAGCUGGCAACCCGAGACCGCCGACCACCGCUCACUGCCAUCAGCCUGGGUCGAGGUUACUGGAGGAAGCAGCUGGAUCAUGUGUGUGCUCACCUGAGAAGUUACACCCAGAACAAUUCCUCCUUCAGGACACUACUGGCAGAACCACGUCUGGGCCAGAUGAUCUCAGCUGUGGUUCAGGAGGAUCAGGAUGAAGUCACUCUGACCUUAAGCUUCACAUUGGCCACACUGAAGCAACAUCAGGUUGAACCUUAUGGAGACAUUGAUGGCCCACCAGGGGGAGGAUCUGCAUUGGUGUAUCAGGCCCAGACUCUGAGCAGUGUCACAGAGCGAUCUGUAAAUAGAACCAGUCUCGGAGAUGUUCGGCCAUCAGGUUGGAGGAGACUCAAAGCCAAUCCGAAAGCCAGACCAUCAGUGACUGACUAUCAGCUGUUGAAGGAGCUGGGUCCAGAUGGAGGCAAGAUCAGAACCAUCCAGCAGCUUCUGGAUCUGGGGGCGGACCCAUCCUGUUGUGGGAGCGACAGCCGACACGCCUUAGUGGCUGCCGUGGUGAAUGGUCACCAUAACAUACUUCCUGUUUUAGUUCAACGAGGAGCUGACGUGGACCAACAGUCCGGACCGAUGAAGAACACAGCUCUGCAUGAAGCUGCAGCUCUGGGUUCUGAGGGGCUACAGAGCGCCAAGCUCCUGCUCAGGUGUAAGGCAGGCGUCCGGAGGAAGAACGCUGCUGGUCAGACUCCGUAUGACGUGGCAGUGAACUCUGGCUGCAGCGACAUGGCAUCCCUGCUGGCGGCUCAGACAGGACUGGAUUUACUGGGCAAACUGGGAAGGUCCCGGCUGAACCUGAACGUCUUCUAACUGGUUUAUCUGACAUACCUGACUGGACCCAGCUGUUUCUAAUUGUCCACCAAUGCUUUCAGUUCCUCACAGCCUGUCUGAGUCCAGAACUCCAUCAGAACUUCUGCAUCAUGACUAGCAGGUGUCUGGUUCAUUUGUACCAACCUUCAUUUUGGGGUGUAGAUGUUAAUGGUCCUGUGAUGAAUUUGAGUAUUUAGUAAGGGUUCUGCAGAACCUCUCAUUUAGUCCUCAGUUUAUUGAACUUUAAUCAGAGAUCAAAUCUUAGAUUACACUUCCUCUAUGGAGGCAGCCAUGAUGGAUUGCUGUCAGGAAGAAGAAGCUGCUGAGUGAAACAAGAAGCAAUGGCCGAAUCACUGGUUGCCAUGGUGAUUCCCUCCUUUCUGGAGUCAAGUCAAGUUUAUUUAUUUAGCUCUUUUGAGCAACAAGGCAUCAAGGCGCUGUACAUAAGGAAAAACUUCACAAUGAUACAGAAAAUCAAACAAUAGAGGUAAUAAAAAAAUAUAGAGAAUAGAAUAAUUGAUAAGGAAAUGAAAGGAAAGUUGGACUGAAAACCUUAAUGUUUAGAUGGCCCAGUCAAAGGCCACUCUAAACAAAUAAGUUUUUAAUGUUGAUUUAAAGCAACUUAGGGUUUCGGCGCUAUUCCAGA